AUGAAUCAAUCAGCAGUUGCGGAUGUCGAUAACGCCACCCUGGAAGCGCUCGUCAGCCCUCUUAUGACUGUCGUCGUGCCUGUUAUCUACAUAUCAGUUUUUGUUAUUAGCACUCCCUGCAAUGUCAUUGCCUUCUUCUUGCUCUGUGGCUUUACGAAACGAGCAACACCUACUGUUAUCUACUCCAUCAACCUCUGCCUUGCAGAUCUUCUCUGCAGCAUCACACUGCCUCUUCAAGUUGACUACCAUUUUCGAGGCAAUGACUGGCGCUUUGGCUCAGUGAUCUGUGGGAUUUCUACAGCAGCUUUCUACUGCAACAUGCACUGCUCCAUCCUCACAACCUGUGCCAUAGCCCUGGAGCGGUACUGCGGUGUUGUACGACCUCUGAAUACCAGGCAUCUGCGGAGCACCCGAAAAGCCAUCUUCAUCUGCCUCCUCAUUUGGGGUGUAGUUUUUACCUUUCAGACUCCAUAUUUUCUCCAUGAUUUCACUCGGACUGUCCCUCAGCUCGGUAUUACUACCUGUUUUGAUGUGCUUCCCAAAGGAGUCUUUAAAGGCGUGAAAGGAUAUCUUUAUUUCACUAGCAUAUAUUUACUUUUCUAUGUAAUACCACUGGUUGUUUUAGUCAUUUGUCACUUUCGCGUGGCACAUGCCCUUACAAAAACGGUUGAUGCAGGGCUCCGCCGGUCACGCAAACGGACCCAGGCUGUAGUGAUAGUUGCAGCUGUUUGUUUUCUUGUCUGCUACCUACCAAAUAUGAUUGUUCAGCCCAUUCACAUGGUUUAUCGAAAAAACAAUCACAGCCUGUAUGCCUACUACAAGUUAACUUUGGGCCUUAAUAGCCUUAACUGCUGUUUUGAUCCUUUUGUGUACUAUUUUGCCUCUCGGGAGCUCCGGCAAGCAUUUUGGAGGUUCUGCUGUCGACCUGACAGGGAGGAACCUUUCUCUGGUAAUUUGUCUGAAAUCCCCAGUGGUACCAGAGGGAUUUCAAGUAACAGUUCGUAA